AUGUCCGCUCCCAAUUGCAACUGCGGUUCGGGCCUAUGGGCCACUAUAGGAAUCAAUCUUGUCAGUAGUGGCAUUUUCUUGUGCCUGUGCUUUUUAGGCACAGCUGUCUUGGGCUGGUGGUUCGGCCUGAGUUGGCCUUGGGAGAAGGCCAAGAGAAAGGCCUUCAUGAAAGACCUCGAGGCGGCCAACGUCAAGUUGGCAAAGACUGCGGAGGGGAAGAGGUUGAAGACGGCGGAGAGGAAGUUGGGGGAGGAGGUGGUGCUGCGGGCCGAGGAGAAGAAGGGGCUGAUGUCGCGGAUCGCCCUUGAGGAGAAGAAGGUCUCUGACCUUCAAAAAGAGUUGGAAGAGGCGAAAGCCAUGGGCUUCGUCUCGGCAUCCGGGCUUGGCGCCGCUGGCCCAUCGACCCUCCGAAAGCGCAAUCCGUCCUAA